AUGGUGUUGAAUCGCGAGAAGCGUUCAAACGCAGGGAGAGCCCCACGGCGCCUUGAUGACGCAGAUAGAGAUACCCCGCCAGCCUCUGCACAGUCAACAGGGGCGCAGAAGGUGAUUUUGAGGGUUAGAGAGGAGUCUGUAGUAUCUCAGGGCUCUAAGAGAUCCUCCGAAAAGGGUUCUCCAGGGCCAGCAGGGCCAGCAGGGCUAGCAGGGCGUAAAAGAGCUAUAUCAACGCAGCCUAUCUCUCUGCGCCAUCAAGAGGAUGUAUCAACUGCUCUACCCUCCUCAGAGCUCGAAUUUCUAGACGAAGAAAACGCGCAGGAUGAGGCUGAGCCAGAGGAGAUCGAGAAGGAGAUCCAGGAGACUCCGUCGAAGAGCGAUGCUGGAGAUUCGUUCUAUACUAUAGAGUUGAGCGUUAUGCUAGGCAAGAGAGGGAUAUACAAUACCUCUAUUGAAUCCGAGAGGUUCAGAUCCGAGAGGUUCCUUUUUGAGCGUUUCGAAUCAGAGGCUCAACAUCGUGCCUCUGAAGCUGCUGAUAAGUAG